UUUCGCCAUGGAGUCAUUGUUGCAGCCGACUCCCGGGCCACCGCGGGUGCUUACAUCGCUUCCCAGACGGUGAAGAAGGUGAUAGAAAUCAACCCCUACCUUCUGGGCACCAUGGCCGGAGGUGCAGCCGAUUGCAGCUUCUGGGAGCGGCUGUUGGCUCGGCAGUGUCGAAUCUAUGAGCUACGAAAUAAGGAACGCAUCUCAGUGGCAGCGGCCUCCAAGCUGCUGGCCAACAUGGUCUAUCAGUACAAAGGCAUGGGGCUGUCCAUGGGCACCAUGAUUUGUGGCUGGGAUAAGAGAGGCCCUGGCCUCUACUAUGUGGACAGUGAAGGGAACCGGAUCUCUGGUGUCACCUUCUCUGUGGGUUCUGGCUCUGUGUAUGCUUAUGGGGUCAUGGAUCAAGGUUACUCCUAUGACCUGGAAGUGGAGGAGGCCUAUGACCUGGCCCGUCGGGCCAUCUACCAAGCCACCUACAGAGAUGCCUACUCAGGAGGUUCGGUCAACCUCUACCACGUGCGGGAGGAUGGCUGGAUCCGGGUCUCCAGUGACAAUGUAGCCGAUCUGCAUGACAAGUAUAGUGGAUCUGUCCCCUGAAGAAGGGAGGAUGUGGCUGCUGCAUUUCUGGGGGUGACUGUCAUUGCUAAUAGUACAGUACCCCAUCCUAUAGUGGAAGAAACCUCAUGUAUCAGUACCUUUUUUAAAGCUCUGGAACAUUGGCCUCUAUGUUACCAGUCGUUAACGAGCUGCUGCAGAGGUGACUAUUGUUUCACUUUCUUGGAUGUUAACAUUACACUACUCACUCUUCGGCCUCA